AUGUCAAAUUCCAUCUCAUUGAGAGGAUCUACUAGAACUAUUACUGAAUUCUUCGAGUAUAGUAUCAAUUCAAUUCUUUAUCAAAGAGGUGUCUACCCACAAGAGGACUUCACAACGAUAAGGAAAUAUGGAUUAACCUUACUCAAAACUCAUGAUGAAGAGCUAAAGGCAUAUAUAAGAAGAAUACUGGCUCAGGUACACAAAUGGCUAGUUGGUGGUAAAUGUAAUAAACUGGUUUUAUGCAUUGUUGACAAAGAUGAGGGUGAUAAAGUGGAAGAAUGGUCUUUUGAUGUAGUACAAUUCAGCAAACUGGAUCAGAACCAAGUGGAAUUGCCUCAAGAGGUCGAUGAUAAUGAGACUCAGAACCAGAUAAGAUCUCUCAUAAGGCAGAUUACCGCCAGUGUAACAUUUCUCCCGGAACUUAACAAUGAGGGCAACUAUACUUUUAACGUAUUAGCGUACACAGAUGCUAAUGCCAAAGUCCCAUUGGAAUGGAGUGAUUCUGAUAAUAAGCCAAUUAAUAACGGUGAAACCGUUCAAUUUAAAUCAUUUCGCACCAAUGAUCACCAAGUCGGAGCUCAAGUUAGUUACAGGUAUUAA